UGAUAAAAACCUUUGAAGGUACUAUCUAAAAGACGGGUAUUACAAUGGAACCCGUAACAUUUUGCAGGAGUAAGCUACUUUGUGUGAAUAUGAUUAUGGUUAUUUUAAUCAUUAAAAUAGCCCAGCUAUGAGUGACUGAACUAUUCGUGUGUUUAAUGUUUACAUAUGGACUUUAGCACUUCCCAGUCCAGUGAUUUGACACAUUAAAUAACCCCCGUGCCACUUUUGGUUUAGUUUGUGAUUGCAUUUUGCACCACAAGUUAUCUAGUUGCACGCAGUCCUGAAUUUAUGUCAUCUGCUCGGCAUUAGGAACCAUUGCUGAAUACAAUCACACACAGCUGGUCUUGCACGGCUAUUGAACUGACUUUGCUAUUGAUACGGUUGAGCAUUUCGAAGAGGAAUGGCAGACUUUGAUAGUCUUCUGCAAGGCAUCGGGGAGUUUGGGCCCUUCCAGCACCGCGUGUUUGCGAUGCUGUGUCUACCCUGCACCCUGUUUGCCUUCCAGUACCUCAACAUCGUUUUCCUGGGCCAAGUCCCUGAGCACCGCUGCAGGUUGCCCACUGAGACGAGACGAACGUCUUCCCGGUGCGGCGCGAGCCUCGAGGCGGCACAUAGAAACCGGAGCCGCGCAUCGGGCUCGCUGGAAGACCAGUGGAACCUUCAGUGCAUGCGUGUCAACACUACCACCUGGAGUGACUCGAAUGCUCCGUGCGGGCUGGCUCCAUGGGGCCAGGGAGACGAGGUGCCCAACGUGUCCUUUUCUGGUCGCCUCAUUGCGUGCGACCACGGUUGGGAGUUUGACACCGAGAAGACGGGACUGACGUUAGUGUCAGAGGUAGGUAUAGAGGCGCUGAGCGCGCAGCGGCGGACUGUGUUUGACGGGUGCUUAUUUCUCAUGCAACUCUGUAGCGUACGAAUUCGGCAAUAUAGCGGUGUGUUAUUAUGUUACCUAUGCGGUAAUGCCACCAUAUGGCAUUCUUGGAUGAGUACGGUACGUACAUUAUUUCACCGAAUUGGGCCGGGCUUGCCGUGGCGCGCCAAGCGCGGAAAAAUCUACACAGAUUUCAUUGUCGAUAUGAAGGAUGGCCAAUCAUUCGCUAACAACCUGACCCUGGCCCAUAGGAAUAUUGCAAUCCACCAUUAUAUACGCCUGUCUUGAAAACUCGCCUCUUUAAACUGGCCUUUACUUGCUUGUUCUGGCCGUUUACCUAGCUGGUUCUGUUUAUUUCCUGCUUUCCAUACACGGGCAUAUUGGGAUCUGCAAAAGUUAAGUAUUAUUAGUACCUGGAGGGGAGUAAAAAUGUCUACUCGGUAAUUACAGCCGAUGCUGUCACGCUCCACAGCAUGAUGAAUCAUCCAGGUAAGGCUCCUGAGGUGUGUGCCACCCACUGUUAGCAAUAGACAAUGCCCUUUGUCUGGGUGAAGAUCUUAACAUGUUAUGACCUCGGCCAGUGGUUCUCAACCUGGGGUGCGCGGACCCCUGGAGCACGCGAGGUGAUUUAUAAAUGUGUGAAAUUAUAUCAUACACGAGAGUCAUUGGUGAAUAACCAUCUAUGAAUCUGCGCAAUAUAAAGUAAAUACGACAACAUUUAAAUCCAUAUGGUAACCUAGAAUGAUAUAAAAUACCUUUCUAAAUGUGGUUUCCAAGAGUAAACAGCG